UUGGCAGAUUUUGCAACUUUCACUGAAGCGUCUCCAGAGUCUGUCCUUUGAAAGUGUGCAGGGUUUGAUGUGAAUCGUUUGGAGAGCUUAAGAACAAAUUGAGCAUAAAAAGGGAGGAUGAGUGGCCUGCAGCUUGUGAGUCCCAGAGUGAAGGGGAUCAGAGUUUCAUCACACAGCGAGCUGCAGAGUCUGGCUGCACAAAUCACACAGCAGGGGGCCCUGCAACCCUUUAAAGAGGUGAUUGAUGUCAGCUCAGGUGAUCUCCACAAAGCAGGAAUGAAACCUGUCUCAUUUGUUCGCCAGGUCUUGUCAGUGUGUUUGUACCCCGAGCUCUUACAGGACAAAGAUCUGCCUCUGGAUGUCAGGCUCAGGGCUCAGAGGUUCCUGGAGGUCUGCGAUGGAGGAAGUAUUGGUUCUUACACAGCCUCCUCUGGCAUGUGGUACGUCAGGCAAAGCAUGGCUGAGUUCAUCACGAGACGAGACGCCGGGGUGCCCUCAUACGCUAAAGACGUCUUCAUUUCUGGUGGCUCUCAGAAGGCCCUCAUGGUGAUAGUGAGACUGAUAUCCACUGUGGAGGGGGAGACUCAGACAGGUGUUUUGACCCCGUUGCCCUGUCCUCACACCAUACCCGCCCUGCUGGACGAGGCCGGGGUGACGCUGGAGCCGUACAAGCUAAUGGAGGACCAAGGCUGGGCUGUCGAUCGGAAAGAGCUACACCGAGCUUUAAAGGCUGCUAGGGGGCGCUGUAACCCAAGAGCUAUUUACAUCAGCAACCCAGGAAACCCUACAGGUCAUGUGCAGGACAGAAAGUCAAUUCAAGAAGUGAUCCAGUUUGCAGCAGCUGAGAGACUCCUGUUGUUGGUAGACGAGGUGUACCAGGACUGUGUGUUCGGACCGGGCACACAGUUUGUUUCCUUCAAGAGAGUCCUGUUUGAGAUGGGCAAAGAGUUCUCCGAGAAGGUGGAGUUGGUCUCCUUUCACUCCCUGUCCAGCGGCACCAUGGGAGAGUGUGGUCUGAGGACCGGAUACAUGGAGCUGAUCAACAUUGACCCGGAGGUGAAGCAUUUUGUGGAUACGUGUCUGUGCACUGAUAUCUGCGCCCCAGUCACAGGACAGCUCGCUCUGCAUAUCAUGGUCAACCCACCGACACCUGGAGACCCUUCCUAUGACGCAUACACACAGGAGAUUCUUCUCACUCAGGCCACUUUGUCCCAGAAUGCUCAGCGGGCUCAGGAGUUCCUGAACGAUCUACCCGGGAUGAGCUGUGAACCAGCGAUGGGCGGGAUCUACCUUUACCCCCGCCUGCGUUUACCACCUGAGAUUUUAAAGCAAGCAGAGGUAUCAGAGGUGGAGGCGGACGUUCUGUACUGUCAGAGGUUGCUGAAAGAAGAAGGCGUGUUAUUAGGAGCUGGAUGUCAGAAUGGUGAAACUACAACCGAACACCAUCUGAGGUUAUGUUUCCACGUUCCUCCUGACACGCUGGAGGAGGUCCUUGCUCGACUUGGUUCUUUUCACCUUCGCCUCUUUGACGGUCUUCCUCACGCUGAUGGACGUGUGAAAGACACGGAGGCGGGGCAAAAAUAUAAAAGAGGCAUGGAGCCAAUCUGGAGAAGUGUAGAUCCUGAACCCAAAUGUUGAGUCUGGAGUUCAUAAAAGGCAAAAGCUCAAAGGAGCUUAUUCAUAUUUUUGAUAAUCAAUCAAUUAAAUUAUAGCUUUUAGCACUUUAUAGUGUAAGAGGGGGCGUGUCCAGAGGGGUUGCAUGGGCCCCCGCCUUGAAAACCGAUUGGCCACCCCAAAAUCCCAAACUAGGAGUGGCUAUUUACCUUAUCAGAGGCGGGUAGGGAUGUAAAGAUGAAUCU